AUGGUAAAAGCAAUUUAUAACCAGUUUGGAAGAGGGAAUCAUAUUCCUUGUUUUGCCCACACGAUUAACCUUGUUGUUGAGAAUUCAAUCUCAAAUUCUGAGGAGUUUAAACAAUUAUUGCACAAAGUCAGAGAGGUAGUUAAGUACUUUAAACGGAGUACUUCAGCAUCUGAUGAAUUAAGAAAAUUGCAAAUAAAUGAAGGAAAAAAGGAAGGAAAUGUCCAUAAGCUUAUAUUAGAUGUGAAGACAAGGUGGAACAGCACUUUUUAUAUGCUUGAUAGAUUUUUAAUAUUGUCUGAACUCGUUUCUGAUGUUCUUCUGCAAAAACCAUCAGGUCCUGAAAUGCUCACAGCAAGAGAGCUACAACAAUUGCGUGAAACAAUAAAAUUACUUCGGCCAUUUGAGAAAGUUACUCUGGAAAUAUCUGGUGAAAAAUAUGUAGUCAUUAUUAAAAUUAUGCCACUUUUGAAUUGUGUUACUAUAGAAAUAGAAUCAUUACAACCUACGUUGGAUAUUGGGAUUGAACUAAAAAGAAACAUUAUUACAGAAUUGAAAAAACGGUUUAGUAAAAUUGAGUUUUUUAAUAUGUUUCCUAUAGCUACAAUUUUAGACCCUAGGUUUAAAAAUGUACACUUCAGAGAUCCUGUAGCCUGUCAACAAGCCAUAGUAGAGCUAAAAAAGUUUGCCAAUAGUUCAAUACAGGAAGCAAGCUCGACUGAUUGUUCAAGUGUUGACGAAGAACAGCAAUCUGAUAAUUUUGAUUUAUGGGACCACCAUAAAACAUUAGUACAUAAGAAAUAUAAAAGAAAACAAACAAGAACAGAUUUGUCAGAAACUACCAAUGUAAAUGCCUACUUAUCACAGCCUUUAAUAUCUUUAAAAGAAGAUCCAGUUCAAUGCUGGGAAGAUAUGAGAACUGUGUAUCCAGAUUUAUAUGUACUUGCUCGGAAAUAUUUGUCCAUCAUGGGUACGUCUGUGCCUUCGGAAAGAUUAUUUUCAAAGGCUAGUUUAACUCUAUCAAAAUCAAGAAAUAGACUGUUAGGAAAGAGAUUAAGUAAAUUACUUUUUUUAAACUCCAUUGAUGAUGAUCUUUGGUUUCAAACUUAA